CAUCGUAUUCCAUCAGUCGUAUUUAGUAAAUUACGUGUGUAGCACCAUUCACAGUGGAGGGAAAAUUGUAAAGAAAUUUUUGGAUGAAAAUACUUUAAAAAUUAUUAAAAAUUUUAUUCGUUUUGAUGAUGAUGACAAUGAAAUCAUUAAAAUUACUCAGUUUUACCAUUUGUGUUUGCAUACUAGUCGGCAUUAAAUCGGUUAAAUGUGAUGAAGACGAUAGUCUAUUUCAAUAUGAUGGAGAAACCUCAAUGUCAAAUGUCGAUGACGCGAACAAAGAGAUUUAUGAAGAUGAAAUAUCACCUCUUCCUGAUUCUGGAUUAGUUCUAGAACAUGAAAUGAUUUAUGAACAAUCUGAUCAACCUGUGUCCGGCGAACGUUUCAUUGCCGUAAGAGUCGGCAAAAUGGGAGCAACUGAAAGUUUAAAGCCAAACUUGGUUGGUCUGUCCAAUAUGGCCAUUCAGUUCUUACCAACAGAUUUCAAAUUUGUGGAAGUUCUUGAAGCAACCAGGGAGAUUGUGUCUGGUGUACGAUAUGAGCUAUUCGUAGCUGCUCUUGACGAAAACGAUGAAGCUGUUCUCUGUCGGAUUGUUGUCACCGAAUUAACGUGGAAAUUAACUGCUUGGGGAGAAAAGCAACGAGAUUUAAAUUAUUCGAACUGUACAUCGAACGCAACAACAGAUGACAAUGUACCGAAUCCAAAUGAUUUUAGUUUUAAUCCAUUGUUUGUAAGAAAAUCGAAUACAAUUAGCGAUGAUGAAUUGAAGCUAAUUGAGUCACAAAUUCUCAAGCCGAAACAAACGGAUAAGAGUUUGUCUAAGCCAAAGAUAAGUCAAUCGUUUGACUUAAGUAAUUUAGAAGCAAUGAUAAUACCAGCCAAAUCAUUACCAAAGUCAGUAAAAGCGACACUUUCGCCACAUACUCUAAACGAACUGAGGGAUCACACGCAGAAAACGAGCGAGUCACAGUUAGUAGGAGAUUGUAAUCAAAAUCAACCCUACGACAAAAAGCCUACAUCUGACGUCCUUCAAGAGUCUCAACUGAAAAUCGAUUCCAUUGACACCAAUUCAAAAUUGUUGGAAGCUUCUCACGAGACUAUAACCAAAUCAUUAAACUUCCCGGUUCUAUUGAAUGUGAAGGGUGACAGUGAAAACCCAACUCUUGAAUCAAACGUAUCCGAAUCUGUUCAAAAUGAGAAUAAUUUGAGCGAGUUACGAUUCGAGGAGAAAACUUUGAAAUCUGAAGAUGGUGAUACCAAUGAGCCUUCGGUACUGAAAGUUACCUCAGAAUCGCUAAUACCAAAUCAGAACGGUGAAGUAGAACGUAGUGACAUUGUUACUAGCACAGAAAUCUUAAAACAAACAGAACGGUUGACACCACAUAAAAUUAAUGAAUCUGAAACAGAGCACCUGGUAGAAGGUACCACUUCACCUGAAGUACUCAAAAACGAUGAAGUAAAAGUUCAUCCGAAGACAGAAAAUGCUAGUUUGCGAAUGGACGAUUCUAUCGUGCCGUCGUCUGAAACGGUUAUGGUAUUUGAGUCAUUAACUGACGGGAAUAGAGCAAUUAACGAAGCCACAGAAUCUUUUAAAUAUGAAGAAAACGUUGAUAACCGAGAAAUCGAUCGACCAAAGCGUGACAUCAACACAGAAAUGCUUUUUUUGAAACAACUAACCGACGAAGCUUUGGAACAGUUGGAUCACGUUGACUCUGAUAAUUUAAAGCGAAUAGCUUUAGACAUUAUACGUGUUAAAAAAAUCGACCAAGACAAUGGUGCCGUUUAUGUGAUAAAAGUUAGAACAGCGAAUAGCGACUGCUUAGAAGAAUCGGAUGGUCAGCAAACUUGCUUGGACAAUAUUCGAAAGGACACAAUUAAAAUAUGUUUCAUUGAGGUAAAAUCGAAAAGAGAUGUGAAUAGAGUAACGAAAUCCGAAUGCAAGCCUGACAAAUCCAAUAAGAUGGAGAUGGCAGAACCGAUCAGAUCUAAAAAGGACACCAAUGACAUGGAAUUAGAAACGCCAGAAAUACUGGGAGGACUUAUCGAAACUGAUCCAGAUGAGGCUAAAUAUGUUGAGAAAAUAGUAUCAGACGCCUUGGUUACAUACAGUCAAAUUCCUGACAGCCAGAAAUAUGGGCUCCAUCGAAUCAAAUCCUCAAUAAAACAAGUCGUUUCUGGAAUACUCUACAAAGUCGACGCAGAAUUUAUUCUUCCGAACAAUGAUGUUAGAAAUUGUUACAUUGAGCUUGUGGUUAAAGAAUGGAUCAAACCCGAGCCAGAAAUUCUACAAUUGAACUGUGGCAAGGAUGAUGAAGUAACGAGAACGAAACGAUCUCUAUUCUAUGAUUCUCAUUUGGACGAAGAACCCCAAGAAACCGAAUACGACCGAAACGUUGCUAUGAUGUUUGACGAAUUCAAGGCUAAAUACAAUAAAAGAUACGAAAGUGCAAUGGAACAUGCGACGCGUCUACGACUCUUUAAACAUAAUUUGCACGUCAUCAAUCAAUUGAAUCAAUAUGAAAUGGGAACAGCUACCUACGGCAUCACGGAGUUCGCUGACUUUACAUUGCUCGAAUAUAAACGACGAACCGGCUUGUUGCAACGUAGAGAGAACAACGAAAUCCCUCUGCCGUUUGCAGAUAUUCCUGAUAUUGAUUUACCGAAGAGUUUCGAUUGGAGGGACAAGGGGGCGGUGACUGAAGUGAAGAAUCAAGGUUCUUGUGGAUCGUGUUGGGCAUUUUCCGUUACUGGUAACAUUGAAGGAUUGAAUGCAAUCAAAACGGGAAAAUUGGAAGAGUUUUCGGAACAGGAGUUAGUCGAUUGCGAUACAGUGGAUUCGGGAUGCAAUGGUGGCCUGCCAGACAACGCUUACAAAGCCAUCGAAGCCAUUGGCGGUUUGGAGACUGAGUCUGCGUAUCCGUACGAUGCCAAAAAGUCAAAGUGCCGUUUCGAUGCGUCGCUUGCACGUGUUAAAGUAUCUGGAGCUGUUGAUUUGCCAAAGAAUGAAACUGCAAUGGCUCAGUAUUUGGUGCAGAAUGGGCCUCUAUCUAUUGGUAUUAAUGCCAAUGCAAUGCAAUUCUACCGUGGAGGCAUUUCUCAUCCGCCACGAAUUUUGUGUCGACAUUCGAGCAUCGAUCAUGGCGUUCUGAUCGUCGGUUAUGGAGUUGCUGAGUAUCCGGUUUUCAAUAAGACGCUUCCAUAUUGGAUUGUCAAGAAUAGCUGGGGACCGGAAUGGGGCGAGAAAGGUUAUUAUCGGGUGUUCCGAGGAGCCGAUACAUGUGGCCUAACAUCGAUGGUUUCGUCGGCCGUAUUGGGCUGAAUGUGACGCUGCGGAACGGGGAGAAAAUGUUGAAAUUAUUGAAGCAAUCUCAUUAGCCAUUCGGAACAACAGUGCCAAAUAUAUUUUUUUUAGUGUCAAAACAUAUUUAUCAAAACCACGACAUUUUAUUUAGAGAGAGUGAGACAAAAAAUAAAAUUGGAAAAAGUUUUAAUUUCUGAA